CGGUUUGGAUGGACUUUUGAAUGCGGUUCAGGUGGAACUAAGUUAGGAUAGACCACAGUUGGAAAGUUUUUUUGUAAAGCGAAAAAGUUUUUUGGCAUCGUCAGAAACAGACAUGAAUUAACGAUGGACAGUAACAGAACCGAUGAGCGGAGAACGAGUGAAGUGCUGAUUCAAUAACUUACCUGCAGCCGGAGUGAGGUUACAUAUGGGAAAAGUUUCUUCAGUAACGAAGGACAGUUUGUCUUCGGAUGUGGACAAUUUUCAUACGGAUACACAGUUGAUAUUUAUACUUACAGUGAGAAGGAACAUGAAUAAUGAAAUAAACAGUUUUAACAGGUUCUUGAACAAUAUUUUCUUUUCUAGCAACGAAACUAACAGUCAUGAAUAAUCUAAUUCGUUGAAGAGCUAGAUGUGACAACAAAAAUUAUCGUAAAGAAAGUACAUUAUAAUUAAUAUCAUCUGAACUAGCAACAGAAAAGUGAAAAACCAUAUAUAAGAAAAUGGAACAGUUAGCUCACUUUGUAACGAAGUCCUUCGAGUUCAACAAUAGUCGUGUUCUGGACAUACUCAAUAUGACCGCCGGUGGACGGCUGGGGGAAGAUUUCCUCGGUCGGACCAAUGAUCUAGAAUUGCAAUCGAAUAACAGUAGCAGUGCAAGUGUAGGAGAAUGCGGUGAUGUAGAGGAGGAAAUUCAAGGACAUACCGUAGAUCAACGGAAAGCGACCAAAGUAGUAGCCGGUGUGAACUACCGCAAUGCAGCAGAUGACAACGAUGACGACGAAGGGUCUAUCGACAUCGAAAUAACGGAUUUAUCCUACAGUACGGCUGGAACGAACAGCACUGGGCAUGAUGGAAAUGGUCAUACUACAGUACCGUCGGUUGUGUACAAUAGAUUUAGUGUGUUGAACAAUAACAAUGACGACGUAGUGAAUAAUCGUAAUGAAACUAGUGUAAUUAAGAAAUUCGACAAUAAGAUCGAUGAACGUGAACAUUCAGAUGAGAUGGGAAUGGAAAAAUAUGCAACACGAAUGCCGAUCAAUAAAAGAAAUGUGCCGAAAAACUGGUUGAUUGCAGAUCUGGUAGAGGAAAAGGAAGACAAGACAGGAAAGACGAAACAGGACGUUGCCUUAAACCUGGUUCGUUCUGAAAAUGAAGCCAACUUCAAGUCAUCCGAAGUGAAUCCUCUACUUCGACCGAAACCCGCCUCUGAGUUACUGAAGCAAAGCGUAGACCUAAUCAAUGGUCACGGUUACCCGACGCUGCCACCUGCACCUACUCCAACCCUACCGACAUACACUCGCACCGACAGUAACGCCCAUCACACCCACGCUACCAACACCGAUAACGACUCCGACACAGACAAACGAGAAUCAACAUCAUCCCCGGACGACCACCAGGACGAUUCGAAUGAGCCGGCCGGGACGAGUGCCUGUGACGAAAAGCUGAAAUCCUCUCCGGUUCCCUCGGAUUCCGUACUGAGCGGGCAUGGUUUAUCCACUUUGGCCAACAACAAGCAGCGACGGUCACGAACCAACUUCACCUUGGAACAACUGAACGAACUGGAACGGCUGUUCGAAGAAACCCACUACCCGGAUGCGUUCAUGAGGGAAGAGCUCAGUCAGCGCCUGGGAUUGAGCGAAGCGAGGGUGCAAGUUUGGUUCCAAAACAGACGUGCCAAAUGUCGGAAACACGAGAACCAACUACAUAAAGGCAUCAUUCUCUCCAGCCAUAGCCCACCGGUGACAACUCCACUGGAACCGUGCCGGAUAGCACCAUACGUGAAUGUUCCUUCGUUGCGAGGUUCUUCUGUUAAUGUGGGUGUCGCAUCUGCCGUUGCACCUCCGACUGGAGUAAACGCUGCAACCGCCCAUCCAGGAUUUCCGGCUGCUGCCUUCUCUGCGUUUGAUACAGCUUUUAUUUCUGCUGCUGCGCAUCAGUACGCGGCUGCGCUGUCCUCCGGUACUGUUCCAACGGGGCUGUUCUCGUUAUCUCAAUACCGCCCGACGACAAGUGGAUUGGCGGCAGCAGCGGUGGCGGCUGCGGCAUCGGCCUCCCUUCCCGGUUUCACUGUAGCGCAUGAUAAAAACUCCAGCAUCGUGGACCUCCGACUAAAGGCAGAGAAGCAUAAGGAAAACCAAAAGAAAAUUGUAAAUAAUGUAUCGUAAAGGUGGCGGAAAGGAACGGAGAUAGUAUCCCAAAUCAGAACCCUUGUCAAAGCAUCCUGUCAGUAUGGCAGGAUGUGUGCAAUUUAUAUAUAUCCGAAAUUCUCACGUGGAGCUUUUAUAUUUCGUGAAUUAAUGACACUUCAAAAGAGUAAUUAGACUAAUAGUAUCACGCAUACAGCAUUCAAUUACCAGACUCUAAGAUGUAAAAAAUAAGUUGAAUAAAUAAAAUAAAGCUAAUGUUGAGAAAACGGCAAACACUACAAUAAUGAUAUCGACGAUAAAAAUGUCGAUGGACGCGAUUUAUUUCGGAUGAAUGCUAAGAGCCACAAUAUACGUAGAUUGUGAAAUAUUUGUAAAAAAAAACAAAGCUGGUUCAAAUAAAUUAUGUACAAUAUCGAAAUUGGAA